AUGACAAAGGAUUUCGCAGUUCCACCGGUUGUUUUCCCCUCCGGUGGCUCUCCGGCCGGCGCAAAUGUCCAGCAGCGGCGAGUUCCCACCGCUCCAUACCAGCAGCCUCGUCCUUCCGCUUCAUCAUCAAUCCCUUUCAUGUCGUUCGACAUCGGAUCCGUCGCUGCGUCGUCCUCCGCGACUCCGGCUGGUCCAUUCGACGGAACAAUCGCUUCUUCUUCGUCUUUUGGUGGAAGCUCUGCUUCGUUUGAAGACGAGGAGCCUUUACUCGACGAGCUCGGUAUCCAUCCAGAUCAAAUCUGGAAAAAAACUAGGUCGAUUCUCAAUCCUUUUCGGAUUAACCAGACCGUUCACAAAGAUUCAGAUCUCUCUGGACCGAUCUUUCUAUACCUUGCGCUUUGCUUGUUUCAAUUGCUAGCUGGGAAGAUCCAAUUCGGUGUUAUACUUGGUUGGGUCGUUGUUUCUUCUAUCUUCUUGUACAUUGUCUUCAACAUGCUUGCUGGUCGAAAUGGGAAUCUCAAUCUUCACACUUGUACGAGCUUAGUCGGUUACUCUUUGCUUCCGGUUGUGAUUUUGUCGGCGGUGUCACUGUUUGUGCCACAAGGUGCAGGUCCGGUCCGGUACGUGCUCGCGGCGGCUUUCGUGUUCUGGGCGACUAGGGCUUGCUCUAACCUUGUGGUGUCUCUAGCAGAUGGAGGAGAAGAGCACCGUGGCUUGAUUUCGUACGCAUGUUUCUUGAUCUAUACUCUCUUUUCGCUUCUUGUUAUAUUUUGA